GUUGACACCUGGUCACGAGUAUCUCUUCCGUGUGAAGGCAGUAAACAGACAGGGCGAAUCAGAGCCUCUCGUCAUCACUGACCCAAUAAUAGCCAAGGAUCCAUGGGAUCCCCCUGGCCAACCUGGCACUCCCAACAUCACCGACUGGGACAAAGAUCACAUGGACAUCGCCUGGGAUCCUCCGAUCAAAACUGGAGGUGCGCCAAUCGAGAAGUACAUCAUCGAAAAGAAGGACAAAUCGCUGCCGUUCUGGGAGAAGGCGGCGGAAGUACCAG